UUUGAUGUACGUUAUUAUAUAAAUACGGGAAGGAAAUCCCUCCAUAGUGGGGAAAAGCAAAAGCCACGAAACUUCCCUCUACAUUCUUUCUUGCUCUCUAAAUAUGGUAAUGGUAGGUGUUUUCCGGCGCUCCCUUUCGUUCCCAAACAAGAAUCCGAACCGUCCAUCAGCAAAGCCGCACAUAUCCCAUCACAUCAGGUCCAUCAGUCUCCCGUGCAGAUCUCACCCUCUGAUCUCCGAGAUCAAGGAAGAGAUCAACGAGCUCAGCACAUGGGCCUCCAAGCCCAGCCCAGAAACCUCGGCAAGCCUCUCCCACGCCCUCACCCUUCUCAAAGACACCCACGAAACCCUCCAACACAUCCUCCAACUCCCCCAAAGCCUAGAAACCCUCCGAGCCCACCCUCUCUGGGUCGAGAAGCUUCUAGAAGAUUUCCUCCGCUUCGUGGACGCCUACGGAAUGUUCCAAACGUCCAUCAUGGCCCUCAAGGAAGACCACUCUUCCCUACAGAUGGCCAUAAGGAAGCGCGACGAGUCAAAGGUUGUCGCCUACGCCAAAGGCAAGAAGAAAACCGCCAGGGAAAUGGAGAAGCUCCUGUCUCUUCUCCGAUGUGUCGGUGUGGCUCAACACCAACAACAUUGCGCGUUGCAUGUUCCCGCUUCCGUUGUGGACGCUGAACUGAGGCAUGUCAUCGCUGACGUCAUGAGCGUCACGGUGUCCGUUUCCGUCGCUCUUUUCAACGGGAUCGCGGCGUCCUUUGCGUCCAAGAGGGUGUCCUGGACGCAAAUGGUGAAGCUGUCGAGGAACGGUGGGGUGAAGAAGGAGCACGAAGGCGUUGAAGAGCUUCGAGAGAAGAAUGGGGUGGAAGUCACGGAAAGCCUUCGGAAUCUGAAGAAGAAGGGAGAGGAAGAGGUGAGGUUGGUGUUGAACAAAAUGCGGGAUUUGGAGGAAUGCAUUAACGUAAUUGAAAGUGUUACUGAGAAAGUUUUCAGGGCUUUGAUCAACUCUAGGGUCGCGCUGCUCAAUAUUCUUACCCUCACACACUAGAUACUACUUUGUAUUUUUUCUUUUCUUUUUUAUUAUUAUUAUUAUUAUAGAAAUUAUUUUUUCUU